CUUUAUACCAGAUUGGGGAAGUGAGAGAAUUCCUCACCUGUGUGAUCUGCCAGGAACUGUACACAGAUCCCUGUACACUGAGGUGUGAUCACACAUUUUGCAGGAAAUGUGUCACUGCAUACAUCCAAACCAGACCAGAUGCUGUACAGUCCAAGACGAUCCCCUGUGCCUUCUGUCGACAAGAUACCAAGGUCCCCGACACCAGCCGGCCAGUGGAGGAGUGGGCGGGGCAGAUCAAACCCAGCAUCAUUAUACAGGGGCUGAUAGACACACAAGCUGGCUUUGUCAAAACGGAUUCCGCUUCAUGUUGCUCUGUGUGUGAGAAGUUAGGGGAGACAACUCCGGGAGCCUCAUGGUGUUCUGAGUGUCAAGUGUCCCUCUGCGAAAGAUGUGUCAAGAUACAUCGUGCAAGUCCAGCAUCACAUGACCAUGAAAUCUGUGACCUUUCAGGAGAGGUCAAGGUGAAGAGGAGGCGCAAGGUCAUGUGCAGGGAACACAAAUAUGAGGUUAUAAAGAUUGUGUGUAAAGACUGCCACAAAGUCGUGUGUCCGACAUGUUGUGUUAUUUACCACAGGCAAUGUGAGUCUGUCAUUACCAUUCAGUCAAUGAUGCCAACUAUGAAAUACCACUUGAGAAAAAGCGCGGAACAGUUAUCAAAGAAAAUACUUAGAAAACAUACAAUUGUUAAGAAAACAAACAAAAACAUGAGCGGAAUUGAGAAAAACAGCAGCAGCAGAAAAGGAUAUCAAAUCUGUUGUUAAGAGAGCCAUAGCCAACAUCAAGCAGAAACAAAAACAGCUGAUAAAUAAAGUCAGGGAUAUUACAGACAAACAAAUUCAGGAAAUUAAAGUGGAUGUUAAACUUGAAGAGAUUGAGACGCAGAUGUACAAACAACAUUGUGAGUUCAUUGACCAAGCCUUGAUAUCGGACUGUGAGAUGGACCUGUAUGACGCGUAUCAGGCCUGGGAGUCGGGGGCUGUAGAGUUGGGGGAUGUCAGGGACACAGACACAGCAGACACAUGGAGAAUAGAUGACAUCAGGUUUACACCUGACACUGACAACGUCCAGCACAUCCUAGAUGACCUACAGCUGGGGGAGAUUGACGUCACAUACCAGGAUCAGGGCACAUGUCUGCCGCCUCCAGUGCGAGUUGACACGAUAUAUGGGAGGAUUGCGGGCGAUGAGGUGGAGCCUGGUCUACGUGACAUCACAGUUCUGGUUGUAGAUGACAUACAGACAGUUGUAGUCACUGACUUCAAUAACAAGUGUGUGAAAUCCUUCUACACUAGAAACAACUUGGCAUGCCACAGUACACUUCCCCUGGGUGACUCUCCAUGUGGUGCAACACAGUUGAAGGAGAAGCAGGUGAUGGUUGCUGUCCCUGACUCCAGUCAGAUUGUAACAGUAGAAGUGACCCCUGACCUGGAGCUGCUCUCAACCAUCACAAUAAGCAAGAGGUACUUCAGUCUCGCUGUUCUGAGUCCCUCAUCUCUAGCAGCAGGUGGAAGCGCCUGUGUUGAUAUCCUGGACAUGGCUGGAGACGUGCUGAGGUCAGUUGCUACACACAACAAUGAGACACUGUUUGCCUUCCCCCGGUACAUGUGUGUCAACAACAAGGGCAACAUACUCGUGUCGGACAGGGGGGAGAGGUCUGUGAAAUGUGUGACGUCAGAGGGGGAUGUUGUCUGGAGAUACGCCCCUACUCGAGACAGAGCACUCAGCUACCCUCAUGGUAUCUCAACUACUCCAACAGGAGACAUCCUGGUUGCAGGCAUCAGUGAGGUUACAAGGCUGACAGAGGCAGGGGAUGAUGUCACAGAUCAUCAGGACAUUGACUGUGAUCCACAAGGAUUGUAUGUCGAUAGACAUGACACACUGUAUGUUUGUGGUGGACGUCAGAUACACGAAAUCAACUUCUUGUAGUCACAUCAUCAAUUUCAUGAUUUCAAUCAUCACUAUCACUGGUGUUAAAUUCACUAUAACAACUCAAAAUAGACUCUUGGGGUGUGAAUGAUCAUACAAAGGUGUAUCAACAGACAUUAUUUCCACAUCAUUACACAUCACAUUAUGUGUUUAGCAACCUGGUUCUCUUUAUUAAAUCGCCUCCAUGUUCUAGUAAGUACGGUGUCGGCCGGGAAGGCGAAAAGCCCGUGGUUUGAUCCCAAUCUGCUCAAGAGAUACCAAUACUUCACUCUAUUUUUAGUGGAUAUGAUAUGGUUUACUUGUUAUUGAAGUGCUCACAUGACUACUUCGACCGUGGAUGGUCACUUGAUAUAUUGUUUAAUGAAACUAAUGAGUUCCCAACUCUUGAGACCAUCUGCGGGUUCCCGGGUCGGGUUGGUUACCCGGGCUGUAGAUUUGGACUCGUCCCAGCUCCAGUCAGUAGCAUGUUAGGUACAUUGUACGUGGUCCACUGAACCGUGGUCAUAUAAUGUAUUCACUUUACUAGAUAGUAGAUAGGGUGUUCAUGUAGGAUGUUUGUGAUGUCAUGAAGUUUGUUUUGUGGAACGUUAUGGUGAGCCACUUAAUAACCAAGAGUUCCUGCAUCAUACUUGUACGGAGGAACAAUUCUGCAAUUGUGUAAUCGUGUCCAUAUCAAUAAUGAUUAAAAUGGUGUUGUAGGCAUAGUACAUUUCAUUAUUCAAGUGUCAAAAAAUAAACUGUAAGUGAUUCCAUGUUAGUGUUUGGCUAAAAAUGAAAUUAUUUUUUUGCGUCAGCUCCAUAAUCAGAUACCAUAAAAUAGAUUUAGUUUACUCUGAAUAAACCGACAAACAUUAGGCCACGCACACCCUCGGAUUUGUUUCAUGACUGGCUGAUAAUAGAGUUGGCAGAUCUUGUGUUGCACUAUUGCGCUGUACAGUGUCAUAUGACUUAAUAGACAGCCUUUGAAGUUGUUAUUGCUGACUUGUAAAAUGUAUUUUUGUGCUUAAAGGGGUAUGCACACUUUGCGUUAUAUACGCAGAUUAACGCAUGAUAUGCACACAAUUUGUUUAGAUUUAUACCUCCAUAAACACAAUAAAUAUUGUUAAGUUAAUUAAUAAAUAAAUUGCCAGCGAGUCCGUUGCAUUAGAUUGGUUAACCUUAAAUAACAUUAGCCCACGCCCACUAGCGAACUACUUGCGUGACGUCGUAGGAAUUCGCGGUGGCUCGCCCGUGAUAUGCAUAGCCCCCAGAUUAAAUAAAAUCAUUGAAAUCAUUGAAAGAAAACUUCAAUCGAUUUCUUUUACUUAUUUGUACCGCACACAUAAUCAUUAGAUCGUUUUUUAUAGCAUAUUCACUCAGGAAGAGCAGAAUGUAUUUUUCACAAAUAAAAAACAUGACCCUACCA